GGUCACCGGUGUCUGACUUCUGGCGAUGUCUGUAGACAGAGACCCGAACGAAAAUGAUCGGGGUCUGAGCGGCGCUGAAGUCCUCGCGUCAUUAAUCACAGACGCUUUGGAGAAAGCUAAACUGGGGAAAACUAAAGAUUAUGAUCUGUUGGUUCAGAAACUUGCUGACCCUGGAAUCAAGGAAGUCCACUUGCAGAGAUAUCUUAUGGCAUUAACAACUUGUGUUUCUCAUCUCACAAAGCAGUAUGAUACACUAGUUGGUGCAGUUCUGAAUACAAGAUGGGCACUAUGUGGUGAGAAAACAGUGGAAGAAUUUAUUGAAUUCCUGACAAGCCUUGUGUCUGCCCAGACAUAUUACUUAAGAGCAUGCCUUAAUAUGAUUGUCAAGCUCUUUAUUCCAUCCAUUUUUCGAGAUGUGCAAGUAGAAAAAGGUGAUUCUGAAGUUUCUGAGAAAAUAUUUUGUAAUGCCCAUGAAGCCCUUCAUGCCAUCCAUCAAGUGGUUCCAGCAGUUCCACAGUUUUUGAUAUCUGUACUGUCAGAAAAUUUUCCAUUUGUGAGAAAACCUACAAUAUUUCAGGAAAGUUAUGUGAAGAACCUUCUUCAGGCUACAAAAUACCUCCCUAGCCUCAGAGCAAACAUUCUGGAACUGAUCAUUGACAAUCUUACUAAGAUUGAUGUAGCAGUUCCUAAGCAUGAACUUGAACAUCAUGAAACUACUCCUGAAGAAGAUCCUACGCAGUUUGAAGUGGAAAUGGAUGCCACCAACAUUGCAGUGGAAGAUAGUGGUGAAGGACAAGAAGUAAACUGUAUGGGAAAUGAAAUGGCAGACAGGCUGGACAUUUUGAUGGAAAUCUUGUUCAAGUACAUUCAUGAAGUUACCCACAUGGAUGGAGAGUAUAUAGUUGAUGGUGGUAUUGAAUUGUUCAAUGAGUUACUGGUGAUUUUUGACAAAGUCAUCCUCCCUACACAUGCAUCAUGCCAUAUUCAGUUCAUAAUGUUUCUACUCUGCAGCUUUGAUCAGUAUUUUUCCAAUUCUCUUCUUGAUGUUUGCUGGAAGAAGAUUGAGGAACCUAAUACCCCAGCUAUCAUCAGACAGGCUAGUGCAGCUUACAUUGCAAGUUUUACAGCCAGGGCUAAAUACAUUCCCAUUAGUACAGUGCAAACUUGUCUGGACCUUAUUGUGCACUGGAUUCACUGCUAUAUUGACACUCAUGAUGCAAGCUGUGUAACACCUGAUGCUGGUAAAUAUGGCCCGUUUUACUCAGUUUGUCAGGCACUUUUCUACAUGUUUGUAUUUCGCCACAAACAGUUGCUUGAACUUGAAGGAGGACUGAAGUACAUAAGAAGACUUAACCUGGACAGAAUUGUAACUUGCCGCAUAAAUCCACUCAGGGUUUGCUUACCAAGCAUUGUUAAAUUGUUUGCAUAUAUCACAAGACAUUACGAGCUGGUUUUUUGCUAUACAAUUAUUGAACAAAACAACAGAAUGAUGUUGCCAGUGGCAACAACAGCAUCCAGCCAUGCAGUGAGGAGUUUAUCUUUCCAGAACCAGUUAGAUUCUUAUUUUCCUUUUGAUCCUUACCUUUUGAAAAGAUCAUCAAAGUUUAUCAAGCCACUCUAUCAUGAAUGGAAGGAAUUGGAACACGAUGCAGAUGAUGACGAUGAUGAUGAAGAAGAAGAUGAUCAAAGGAAACAUUCAGAAACAUAUGAUGAAGGAGAAGAUUACUUGGAUAGCUGCAGCAGCCCAGAUGGCAUUGUACCAGGUUUUACACCUGACACGCACAUGUGUGUGUCACCUGGGUUCACAGUUUCUCCCAGAAGAUAGCAGUCACAGUAUUGUAACAACAU